UCACUGCACACGCAUGAUCGCAGCCGUGCAGUCGCGGCGCACGCGUCACCCGACGCAUCGGUAAAUGUGACCGCACCCUUACAUUCCGUUACCGAGUACCGAAAAGCUUAAUACCAUAAUAUCACUAUGCGAAAUAAAUUUAAACGGUCCUAUAAUCGUCCACUUGCUAGGUGCAUAAUUCGACUUACACGUUCAUGAUUUCGGUUUCGAUUCAAAUCCAAUUUUUCAACAUCGAAUUGAAUUUCAAAUAAUUCUUUAUAUAAGCGUUCUUGUUUUUACACGUUGGACUAUUUCCCGUUGUAUUUUCAAGGAGGUGGUUUUGUGUACGGGAUUUGUUUUUAAAGAUUUUGUGCAUCUUUUCCGAUAUGAGAAACUUAGACAACUUUACCGUCCGGAUGGCUGUCCUGGUCAUCGUCAACGCAGCUGGUGCAGGCUUCGCAGCACCAAGCGUGCUGGUCACGCGGCCUAUAUCCAGAGUUUCAGUGGAAUGGUUGCCAAUGGACAAUCAAACGUUAUACAGGCUGGAAGAAGGGGAAAGUCGAAAUCUUGAAUUAAACACGUCACUGAUAUCACAGACAGUGGUAUAUAUCACAGUCAGUCCGUGUUCUCGACAUCUACAUUGGACGUUCUAUCGUGGACCAGCUGGCAGUAGCGACUCACAAUUAACGCUAGUUCAAGAACAUGGUGGCAGCGAGAUGUACACGAUAAGAUUUCUAAUAUCUAAACAAGACAGAUAUGUACUACAGCUGUCAUCAUCAAAAGGCGGCGCAGCGGCGGUUAGCGUGCGUGGCGAAGCUACACGUCUCGUGCGCAUGCGCCUCCGAGUUAAAUCCAAACGGAGACUAUCGGCUAAUUGGGAUCCUAGUCCAAUAGAUCCCCAAGAGACAACCUACUGUGUAGUUGCAUCACAUCGAAAAAAUUACACAUCACUCUGUGCAGCACAAUACGACGUCAGAUCAAGUCGAUCAGAGAAACGGAAUCGUUUUAAUUCAGAUGAGGAGCAAUCGAAUGAAACAGAUCGUUCGAAACCAAAUUCGGUCAACAAAACUUUGCCCGAGACGAACAAAAUUGACUUCGACACAGAUGGGUUUAAUAUCUAUGAAGAAAACUUUAAGAGUGUGUACAGAAGGAAGAAAUUCGGUCGUAGCACUAGAGUAUCGAAUGAGGAUCCAGUUAUUGCGUGUGUCGGAGACAGGACGCAUCAUUUAAUUGAAAAUCUAGAUCCGAGCACGACGUAUUUUGUUAGUAUAUUUGGUGUAGCCAGGGAUCGGAGAGCUGGAUCUUUACUUGCAACAGGCAACGUCCGGCCUCGAACAUCCACAGCCAAAAGACUACGAGAAAAUAUUCCGUAUAAAGCUGACAUAAAAGGAAAAAAUGUUUAUUACUUAAAGACAACAUCAGGUGGAUCAGGUAUUUGGCUGGUUGUAUCAACUUGCGGAGGAUCGGUUGACAUAGAAGUAUCUGUGAGAGGAAAACGAUUAUACAUGGCUAAAAAUAUAGAAUCUCAUUUAAAGUUUUAUGUACCAGCGCCUAUAACUAGUUCAUCUAUUCAAGAAACAAGCGAUGAAGGAUCUGUACAAUUUGACUCUAGCUCUGAAGAAUCUAAAAUAAGAUACGUCUUACGAGUUAUACCGAAUAAAUGGUAUCGAGACGAAGCGGUUACACUCGAGCUAACAGCUUCAACGUCACGGUGGGGCAUGAGUACUCCAGAACUGGUGGAAGAUGGUGGAACAGUUCGUGAAUUGAGACCGAAAAGAUCAUGUAAAUCCGUCGACAUUGCCUUUCUUCCCGCUACCCAUAACGCUACUGAUGUUAUUAGAUAUUGUAUAUUUUCUCGUGAAAUAAUAAAUGGUGACAGCACGAUUUGCUCUCUAUCAAAAAAAUCUUCAACGAAUACUCAAUGUAUAAGUCAUAUGCAGCGACCACCAACAAGGGUGAUUGUACAAAAAGUCGUCGGCUUGAAAGCAGGAAGAAAGUAUGCCGUACAAGUAACUGCCUCGUCUAAAGGAAGCUCCGUGCCAUAUAGCAUUUUGUACGUCGAUACCAAUGUGUCUUGUAAAGAUGAAAAUUAAUCGUAUUUAGCGCGUUAGAAAAUCAGUAUUAGCUAUAUUAGUUUUAUUAUCAGUGUAUUUUAAAUUUUUAGUGAAUAUUUUUCAACCGGUUGUACUGGUUUAAGCUUUGUGUACAUAUAAAUCAUAAA